AUGUACCGCGCGCUGUACGCCUUCCGCUCGGCGGAGCCCAACGCGCUGGCGUUCGCGGCGGGCGAGACGUUCGUGGUGCUGGAGCGCAGCAGCGCGCACUGGUGGCUGGCGGCGCGGGCGCGCAGCGGGGAGACCGGCUACGUGCCGCCCGCCUACCUGCGCCGCCUGCAGGGCGUGGAGCAGGAUGCCCUCCAGGCCAUUGACCGGGCCAUCGAGGCCGUGCACAACGCGGCCAUGCGGGAAGGGGGCAAGUACAGCCUGGAGCAGCGCGGGGUCCUGCAGAAGCUGAUCCACCACCGGAAGGAGGCCUUGUCCCGCAGGGGCCCCUCGGCCUCCAGCCCUGCAGCCAUGCCCCCGUCCACCAGUGACCACUACCUGGACGCCGCCGCCCGGCAGCCCAACGGGGUGUGUCGCACUGGGCUCGAGCGGCAGCACAGCCUGCCCAGCUCCGAGUACCUGGGGGCCGACGGGGGCCUCUACCAGAUCCCGCCCCAGCCUCGCCGCGCAGCGCCCGCCACACCGCCUCCACCCGUGAAACGCCGAGACCGGGACCGGGAGGCCCUGGCGGCCGCGGGGAGCGGCAGCCGCCACGCCACGGCCUCUGCGGGCAGCUCGGUGUCCGGCGGCUCCUCCGUCAGCAGCACCUCCCUGGACACGCUCUACACCGGCUCCAGCUCCCCCGAGCCCGGCGCCAGCUGCUCCCCCACGCCCCCGCCCGUGCCCCGCCGCGGCCCGCACACCGCCGUGUCCCAGGCUCAGCCGCCGCCCUCCCAGGGGCCCCUCCCCGAGCCCCCUGCCGAGGAGGGGCCCGGCGAGGCGCCCGCGGCCCCCGCAGAGCUGGAGGCGCUGGGCGCGCUGAGCCUGGGCACCGGCGAGGAGAAGGCGGCGGCCGAGCCGGCCGUGCCCCGGACCAUCGGGGCGGAGCUGAUGGAGCUGGUGCGGAGGAACACGGGGCUGAGCCACGAGCUGUGCCGUGUGGCCAUCGGCGUGGUGGUGGGCCACAUCCAGGCCUCCGUGCCAGCCAGCUCGCCCAUCAUGGAGCAGGUCCUCCUCUCGCUGGUAGAAGGCAAGGACCUGGGCUCGGCGCUGCCCUCGGGGCAGGUCUGCCAUGACCAGCAGCGGCUGGAGGUGAUCUUCGCGGACCUGGCGCAGCGGAAGGACGACGCCCAGCAGCGCAGCUGGGCCCUGUACGAGGACGAGGGCGUCAUCCGCUGCUACCUGGACGAGCUGCUGCGCAUCCUGACGGACGCGGACCCUGAAGUCUGCAAGAAGAUGUGCAAGAGGAACCAGUUCGAGUCCGUGCUGGCCUUGGUGGCCUACUACCAGAUGGAGCACCGGGCGUCCCUGCGGCUGCUGCUCCUCAAGUGCUUCGGCGCCAUGUGCAGCCUGGACGCGGCCAUCAUCUCCACCCUCGUGCUGUCCGUGCUGCCCGUGGAGCUGGCGCGGGACAUGCAGACGGACACGCAGGACCAGCAGAAGCUGUGCUACUCCGCGCUGGUCCUGGCCAUGGUCCUCUCCAUGGGCGAGGCCGUGCCCUGCGCCCACUACGAGCACCUGGGCACGCCCUUCGCCCAGUUCCUGCUGAGCGUCGUGGAGGACGGGCUGCCCUCGGACGCGGCGGAGCAGCUGCCGGACCUCUGCACCAACCUGCUGCUGGCGCUCAACCUGCACCUGCCAGCCCCCGAGCAGAACGUGGUCAUGGCCGCCCUGGGCAAGCACGCCAACGUCAAGGCCUUCUCCGAGAAGCUGCUCCUGCUCCUCAACAGAGGGGACGACCCCGUGCGCAUCUUCACGCACCAGCCGGCGCCGCCGCACGCGGUGCUCAAGUUCCUGCAGGACGUGUUCGCCAGCCCCGCCACCGCCAGCAUCUUCUACCACACCGACAUGAUGGCGCUCAUCGACAUCACCGUGCGCCACAUCGCCGACCUGUCGCCCGGAGACAAGCUGCGCAUGGAGUACCUCUCCCUGAUGCUCGCCGUGGUCCGCUCCACGCCCUACCUGCAGCACCGCCACCGGCUGCCGGACCUGCAGGCCACGCUGCGGCGCAUCCUGGCGGAGGAGGACGCCUCGCCCCAGUGCCAGAUGGACCGCAUGAUUGUCCGCGAGAUGUGCAAGGAGUUCCCGGCGCUGGGCGAGGCCCCCAGCUAG